UUUUAUUCCUCCGACUAAACAAAUUAGCAAGCUACAUAAAUAGGAACAUCAUCCCUGUCCUCCUUUUUUUUUCAAAUUGUUCAAUUAGAAAAAACCCCAUUAUGCUUCUUAUUACAGGUGCUGACCAAUACAUUGGAUACGCUAUCACAUCUCAUUUGGCUGAACAUCAAGCCUUACGAUCUCAACUUCGGGUGCUAUGUCAAAACAAGUCUCGUUGCCAUGGUUUCGCUAAAGCUGGUAUGGAUGUCCGCCAAAUUGAUUAUUUACACCCUCAUCAACUCUCAUUGGCUAUGCGUGGCGUAGAUCAUGUCAUCCUGGCUAUUGGGAAUGAACUGAACCGUGUUGACCAUGCCAAAUCCAUCUGUGCUGUAGCUGCUCAAUCGGGUGUAUCGAGCAUUAUCUGUAUUUCUCAUGUGGGUGCUAGUUCAAAAUAUGCUUCACUUCAAGAUUAUGGUCAGAUUGAGUCUGCUGUUCUUCACAGUGGAUGCCCACACACGAUUCUCAGACUUGAUUUUGUACAACAAUACUUUCAUUUGUGGUCUAAUUACGCUGAAAAGCAUCGCCAAGUCUUACUCCCUUUAUCUGAAGACAUGGAGAUCUGCCCUGUUGCUAUUUCUGAUGUAUGUAAAGUGAUUGAAAGUCUUUUGGUACAAGAUGGUCAAACAAAGCCUUUAGACGAUGCUCAUGAUGGACAAGUCUAUACACUCACAGGUCCUCAAAUCAAUGGUAAACAACUGGUCGAAUACUUGUCUUCAAGCACAGGCUAUGCUCAUUUCAAGUAUCGUCAUGGUCGACCUAUGGACCUCAGUUAUUACUUGAGCGGGCUCAGUAAAGAUAUCUGGUUUGAUGCUCGAUUAAAGCAAGAAAUGUCACACAUGUACCACGACACAUUUGAUAGAAAAGCUUAUAAAGACAAGGCUUAUGCUACUCCUACAGAUAAACAGAUUCAAACGUAUUUGGAUUACUUUGAUUGGGUUCAAACAUCUGGCAGUAUUUGUGUACCACAUACAAGCAUGUUGACAAAAUCACCUUGUGAACCUAUGCAACUCUUUUUUGAACAGAAUGCCAAUAGCUUUAAACCUCGAGUCUAGCUUUCUUUUAAAAUAAAAUUUUAUGUAUAUAUAAAAAGAAACACACCAUCUUAUUUUACAUGGCAUAUUUUCUGGUCCAAUCUCUUGCUGUGGAUUCAUAACGAGAACGAUCCGUUUUAUAGAUAUGAGCAAGUUCAGGCACAA